UACGCGUUCACUGUCUCCUCUCUCUCUCUGUCUCUUUUUCACCCCCCUAACCUCCUGUCUUUCUUCUUCCCCGUUUCGUUUGCUCCCCUCUUUCUGCUCCAGCCUCACGCAAGGGGGAGACUGAAGCUCUGCGAGGGGAAAAGAGAGAGAGAGGAAAAAAAGUGCUGCUAUUUCUACAGUCAGGGCCUCCCCACAGCCCGCCCCUCCAUAGACGGAGCUGCUUUUUCUUUUUUUUUCUCCAUUUUUUCACUCACUACUAGCUGGAUUUUAACCCUCUGCUUCCAACUAGCUGCACAGCAGCAGUUCUGCAAAACCUGGCAACAAGUUGAUAUUCCAGGGGCCUUUUCUCUUACUUUUGCCGCAUAGAUUUUUUUGCGUCCAUCUUCGGAUUUUCUUUUGCUGUUGAAUUUCUUUUUUUUUUUUUUUACUGAAAAAGAACAAAAUAUUCUAACUUUGUUGGGGAUUUUUUCCCCCCCUCCUCUCCGCUUACGGUUUUUGUGUCGAAUUCAUUCGCUUCUUCUGGUUUUCUUUUGGAUGGAUUUUAUUUUUUUUUUUAAAUCUUCUUCCUUUUCGGCGGCCGGGUGCGUGGGGACCAGAGGGCAGGGAGGGGGGCACGAGGGAUGAAAUUUCUCCGCUGGAUGGGAGAGCCGGGGCGCCAUUUCGGGUAACCUGCCUGCGGUACGCUUGCGGUCUGGAUGACCACACAGUGGAUGGCAGUGAGGAGAACGCGGCCUGUGUGGCCGGAAGGCGGCUGUUGCACGUUGCAGUGUUCCUAAACACCCGUCCGCCAUCGCCACUUUUGACCUGCAUGAACUUCCGUACCGUGUUUGUUUUUUCGCUCCGCUUUUUGCCCCCCUCUAGUUUCCUUCCCGUGUCUUGCCAUUCGUCUCUCCCCCUCUCUCUCUCUCUCUGUCCGUCUAUCUCUCUCUCUCCCCGCCUCACACUGACUGAAAGGGAACGAGUGGAGAGCUGAGCCGAAGCGCUUUCUGGGACAGGUGCCAACUCCAGACAAAAGAAAAUUUUAAACUCAACAGCAGAGGGAAACGUUCUGAGUCGGAAAACAAUCUUUGAAUAGUUGCAUCGGAAUAUCUGGUGUUUGCACGUUGCGCCCCCUUGCAUGUACAAAUUGUUCCCCUGUGAUUGUGUAUUUCUGUGUGUGUGCGCUGUUGAAACUAAAUGUUUCAGCAGCAAACUAAACACUUUGACACUUUUCUGAUUCGGAGUGAAGGCAUCUGAUUCAGAGCGUGAUGAGGGGAGAGCGGCGUACAGAAAAGCUGCAUUAUUCAUGCCGAGGCUGGGAUUUGGAGCGCCUGUGCCAUUUGCAUGCACCAGACAUGCCGUGUGCCUGUUUGCUAACAUUCCUCACGGAAAGACUUGUUAACCGGGGCGGACAGGGCCGAGCCGGAGCCCCGCGGACCACCGCGUGGCGGCCUCUCGUUGUAUCGGGCCUCGCGCCUCUGGCCCAGACCGGACCGUCCGCCGGAGAGGAGACGGGCUAGCUAUCACUAAGGAGGUACGGAUCUACGACGAGGAGAGCUGGACGAAAAUUCAUCACCAGAACAAACAUUCGCCUCCUCGCUCUCUGGAGUCUGUUGUGGGAUGGCGUUCUAGCCUCUGGCUCUAAUAUUUGACCAACAAGUGACGUUGUGGGAAGUCAAAGGCAGCAUUGUGAAGACUACCUGAUGUGCUACUGACACCGUGACGGGGCGGGAGGCCAGCCGACCCCGUUCGCCCCCGUCGGCGCUCCUCGCUGCAUGUUACGGAGCAGACAAAUUCACGCAGUCGGACAUGGAGGCUUCUCUCUCUCUCUGCCUGCGCUCUAAAGUGUUCAUGGCUCCUUUCUGCAGCUGGUCAAACGCCCGCUGUUGUGCAACCCUCCUUGCUGAGCAGUGAACCCGCCGCUCCCCGCAGCGAGCGGCGGGUUCGUCAGUGGCUCGUCUUCGUGGUUAGGGGGCGUCCUUCACGAAGGAAGCAGCUGCUCUCCUCCCAUUCGCUGAAACUGUAGGUGUGUCGACGGAGGGGUGUGUGUGUGUGUGUGUGUGUGUUUUCUCGUCUUUCCCUGCCGCGCCGUCACUCGUGACGCCACUUCCGGCGGGGUGGGAGCACCAUGUCUCUGCUGCGCGUGGAUGUGUUGGGGGGUCUUUGACAGGAGAGGCGGCGGCGGCGGCACAGCGGGGAGAAAACGUGGGACGUGAUCGGCGUCAGGGACAGUGGCCUCCCCCGCCCCCUUCACCUCCCUCGUCCUCUUCUUCUUCUUCUUCUUCUUCUUCUUCUACUUCUCCACUCAACGACCCCGCGUGAGCCUAGCGAGGUUUUCCAACCCAGGGGAUGAUGGCAGCGUUGGACCGCGCUGUCCGCUCUAAGUCUCAUGUGUGACGGCGCCACCAGCACGCUCCUCCAUCACAAUGGUCGACAUAGAGAGCCACUACCAUCCCCCGUCUCCUCUGGAGGAUUCGGUGCUGGAUGGUCCCCUGUGUGGUGAUGACGAUUUCAUGGGCAGCAUGGAGGCACUUCAGGACAUUCCCUCAUCCAUUGACGAGGAUGCCCUCAGCUCCCUCGACGUCCCGGAAUACCAAUCCUCCCACAAUGGGUCUGAAGGUUCCAGUAUCCUAGACGCUUUGACACCGGCGUCCAGCCCGUCCUCCGUUGUUUGCGGGAUGGCUCCCACCCAGGAGGAGCUCUUGUCCUCCUCCUCUUCGCUCAAUCUGGAGUGCCGCGUGUGUUCUGACCGGGCCUCGGGUUACCACUACGGCGUUCACGCCUGCGAGGGCUGCAAGGGUUUCUUUCGGCGGACCAUCCGUCUGAAGCUGGAGUACGACAGAUGUGAGCGUCGCUGCAAGAUCCAAAAAAAGAACCGCAAUAAGUGCCAAUACUGCCGCUUCCAGAAGUGCCUGGCCGUGGGCAUGUCCCACAAUGCCAUUCGAUUUGGCAGGAUGCCCCAGUCGGAGAAGCUGAAGCUCAAGGCGGAGAUGGUGACGGGGGAAAGGGAGGUGGUGAACCCCCAGCUCGCUGACCAGAAGACGCUGGCCAGGCAGAUAUACGAGGCCUACCUGAAGAACUUCAGCAUGAACAAGGCCAAGGCUCGGACCAUACUCACCGGAAAGACCAGCAAACCUCCGUUUGUGAUUCACGACAUGGAGACGCUGCAGCUGGCGGAGCAAACGCUGGUGGCCAAGAUGGUCGGCUCGGCGGGGGCCCUCAAGGACAGAGAGGCCGAGGUUCGGAUUUUCCACUGCUGCCAGUGCACAUCGGUGGAAACCGUCACAGAGCUCACCGAGUUCGCGAAGUCCGUGCCGGGCUUCUCGAGCCUGGACCUGAACGACCAGGUGACGCUCCUGAAGUACGGCGUGUACGAAGCGCUUUUCGCCAUGCUCGCCUCCAGCAUGAACAAAGACGGCCUCCUCGUGGCGUACGGCUCGGGGUUCAUCACCCGGGAGUUCCUCAAGAGCCUGCGGCGGCCGUUCAGCGACAUGAUGGAGCCCAAGUUCCAGUUUGCCAUGAAGUUCAACGCGCUGGAGCUGGACGACAGCGACAUGGCGCUGUUUGUCGCGGCCAUCAUCUGCUGCGGAGACCGACCGGGCCUGGUGAACGUGUCGCACAUAGAGGUGAUGCAGGAGAGCAUCGUCCACGUCCUCCAGCUCCACCUGCUGGCCAACCACCCCGACGACACCUUCCUGUUCCCCAAACUGCUGCAGAAACUGGCCGACCUCCGGCAGCUGGUCACGGAGCACGCGCAGCUGGUGCAGGAGAUCAAAAAGACGGAGGACACGUCCCUGCACCCGCUCCUACAGGAGAUCUAUAGAGACAUGUACUGAGGGACUGCAGCAACCGGCUGACGAACAGAAACAAAACCGUUCAGAGAAGACACGGAGCUCUCCGUUAAGCUAGGGUUCAACCACUUUGAGCCAUGUCGUCUCCGACGCGGCGGAAUUCGCUUGUGGCUUCCGGUCAGCUUGAAGGAACCCUUCUCUGGCGGACGGUUCCUUCGGUUGGUCUGGCUUCUCACCACUCCUUUGCUUGGAACCUUCUAAGACAGAAAAAAAAAAGAACUAGAUCAGAUGUGAAACACCGUCUGAUUAAAGCCACUUUGUAGAAAUCUGUGUAGCAUUUCUGACCAAACUCGGCUAUUAACCUACGGUGAGCCCUGAAAAGGAGGGAAGACGGGGAACUUAAUGAUUGCAGUUGUGCGUUUCGAAAAGAGGUUUUUAUACUGAAGUUAAAGAGCCAUAUAAUGUCAGCAUCAAUUAAACCACCUCGACCUGGCAGCGACUAAAGAAGCUAUUUGGUUUUAAAACAAUCCUGCUGCUUCAAAGCCUUCCAUGUUCUUCUUCAUACAACCGGACACAUCCCAGGAGUCGCCAAAUGUACGAAAACAAUCGCAAGCUGAAUUGUGAUUACCGGGCUUUGACUUGAAAAUGCAUCUUGUUGCACAGAAGAAGCACAAACUUUCUGUGAUUUGUUCACAAAUGUCUGAGCCGUUUUCCUAACAAAAACGCACGCUCAGAUGUUUGACACUCCGUCCCGCGCUGAGUGCUCGUGGUUUAUGGUCCGACUCCAACUUGAGCCGCACUAGAAUCUUAACAGCAGCACGCCUAAAUAUAGAAAUUUAUGUUUUCUUUUACUUUGUGUCACAUUGCCUCAGCUAUAGCACCUCCCUCCCCCUGUUUUCACAUUUUUGCUUAAUGUAGUCUUUAUACAUGUACCCAAUCAGUUUAUCAGCAGUUUUUCAGCAGUUUGUAAGCUAUUUCAUAUUUUUGAAAACCUGUCAAUACCGAUUUUUUUUUUUUGUCAACUGUUUAUAGAUUUUUAUGUUCAUAGAAGAGAUGCCAUCACAUCAGUUUUACUAUUAUUCUCAAAGAAGGACAAAAUGAUGACAGAGUUAACAUUUUAACUUUGUUUUAGCCAUUAGCAUGAUUAGCAUUAAGUGUAAACAGCGAUCUUUCUGCGUACUCCCUACAUAGUGUAGAUCCUUACCUCAACUCUGAGAUUUCCUAAACGUUGUUUUCUUUGGCUUAAUUUCAAACUGACACCGAAAAUAGUUCGCCUUUAGCUAACUCACCUUAGCUUAAAGAGUGUUGGCUUGUCCUGGUUGCGCUACCGUAUGAGUUUACUGUUCGGAAAAAGACCGGAGCCCGAUCGGCGGCGGUUUAGCCAAAAAUCAUCCAGUCCCACUUGUAACCCAAUGUCUCAAUGCAUGUUUAUAAAAAGGCAACUCUCGCAUUUUGCUGUCAUCCAACCAUUUGUAUGUGAAGAACAUGCUAGCUUAGACACCAGAAGGAAGGGAAAUAUCUACUUGGAUUUUGUAACAUAAAAACAUACAUGCGGAAUAAUAUGAGAAGCAUAUGAUCAUCUGUUUAAUAUCCGCCCAUGAAAAACAAAACACCCCUAUAAAUAACCAUGAAAUUAUUUAGUGUACCUUGAUUUUUAAAAAAAAAAACAACGUAAUUUUUGGUGAGGAUUGCGUGUCUUUUGACGCUGUAAUUUUACUAAACAGGACAGGCAAAGUUACCUCCAGCUCGUCACAAUUCAAAUUUGUGCAAGUAGUUUUAAUCUCUGUGUAGCUUCUGUCGGAUAAAGCAGUUCCAACAAGAUUUUACAUCAAAGUUUUCUAGGACAAAAAGAUGUUUUGAAUUUGGACUAACAGCUUUGACUAGGAGACCUCCAACAAUCAGAGCGGGUUCUCUUCAGUCAUAAAAGAAAUCCUCAAAUGCAUGGUGUAUGGAAAGCAAUUAUGCACAAAAGUUUAACUCAAAUUAUUUUACUGUUUUACAGCUCUUUUCAACAUAUGUGCAGCUCUACUACUCUUAUAAUUAUUUUGGUGCUUUAAAAGUAACAUAAAUUGGAUUCAUCUUGUGGAACCUUUUUUCUGACUAUUGCAGCGUCAUUGUUUUUUGGGUUUUUUUUUAAAAUCUUUUUUUCAUGCCCUAAUGACAUCGCAUUGUGUUUGUACAUAUCUAAUUGCAUUACCAUUUACCCCUACUAAAAGCUAAGUCUUGAAGUCACAUUAUAGUAAUGGACUGUGCACAUCCCUAAUUUUGCUAAAGACUUUUACGUUUAAAAAAUGUGCACUGCGUGUUGGUGUUGCUUUAAUGUUUCUGUUUUCACUUGAAUUAGAUCAUAUUUUUAUACUUAAACACGUGUACGUACGACUAUAUCUGAUGACGUUUUAUUCAGAAGUGGCACGGGUCGAAAGUGUAAAUAGAAUCGAGGUGAAACGGGGCGAUCGGAAUAUCCACAAAUCUGAACCCUGCUGGGGACAUUCCUUUGGUUUAAACCAUCAAAACUGUUGCUUCCAGCUGUUUGUCAUUUCGCAACUGAACCGAAUCCUUUUGACCUGAACCGAAGACGGCUUCGGACUGUUCCGGCUUAUAACGUUUUGUGAUUGACAAAAGCUCCACUCCGUCGUCUCUGACUAUAGUUUAAUGAUAAGGAGAUAUCUUGUUAAUGUUUAGCUACGAUAUAGUAUUGAUCAUACGUUGAAAUAGCGUGUCUUUUGAUACUGUUUUCUCAGGUCGUACAUCAGAAUACAAAUAGAGAUAAUAUAUGCACAGAGAUUUUUUUAUCAAUAUCAAAUGCUCCUUAGCAGCCUCAACUGCAAAAUGUUUUGUCUUUUAAUUAUUAUUUUUGACAGAUUGAAUCUCUGUUUGCUAUCAGAGAGUCUAAAUGCACUCAUAAUUAGCCAUCACGUCAAAUGCUAUCAGAGUAUAGAUGAUGCAGUAAUGUAAAUUUAGAACAGAUUGCUUUCCAAGCUUGUUUCUGUCUGACUUUUCUCUCCAGACUUGCUGCUAUAUUGUACUAAAUCAAACAUGAGCUCUGCCACGGAUAGAUUACCAACCUCCAAGCUGCCUCUAACUUACUCACUCAGAGUUGAAACCAGAUAUUUCCAUAAACCUUCAAUUAAUUAAUUUUUUUUUUCUUUUUGCCUCGUUGUUUUGACAUCCCAUCAAACUAAUUUCACCAAACUAAACUUUUCUGAUUUAGGCCAGUUAAGAUUACUCAAAAUUAUUUCUGCUUGCUAAAUACCAGAAUAAUUAUUAAAAUUUUGACGUUUGCUUACAUUUUAGUAUUUGACGGUCGCCUUUAAAACUGUAUGAAUUUUCAUAUUUACCCACAAACUUUCUGUAGGAAUGAGAUCAGCGCUUUCUGAUGGCCACCGUAAUAAAAGUAACUUUUCACAUUUAUUUUGUGGGUAUGCUGAGAUUGUCAUUGACCAUAUUUACUUCAGCAUCUCCACAUAAUGUUUUUAUUUUCUCACUAUGUCAUCUUUUCUGUUAAGUGCACCAGUCCCUCCUGAAGCAAAACAGUCACACAAGAUAAUACUGCCAGCGCCGUGCUUCACAGUUGGGAUGGUGUUCUCAUCCCACUUUUGCCUCCAAACGUAGCAAUGAUCAUUAUGGUCAAACAUUUCAAUGUUUGCUUCAUCAGAUCAACAUGUCACCCGCAGGUAUUUAUCCCUGAGUUCAUCUGCAAACUAUUAUCUGGCAUUUUAAGUAAUAGUUUCUUCGUCUCCGAGUGGCCUUUCAGCCCACAAUCGACUUGUUUAAUCGUACCAGCUUCAGCUAGCAUCUUUCAUACCAAAACACGUUCGUCUCUAGGAAAUGCGUCUCCUACCUUGACUAUAUCGGCUGGAUGUUGUUUAUGCCUUCAUAUAAUUAUUUAAGCAGAUAGUACAUCUGGAGAUUCUACCCAAGGAUUUACAAGAUAUGUUGGCAAUCACAAUCUUUUUCCUGAUUUUUUUUUUUCCUUUUUUAAUCAUAGAAUGAUGUCACACAAGGAAGAAGUGUGUUUGAGGUGCUGUCUUAAAAUAUAUCCACAGAUAGGGCUUUACUUAAAUAUUGUGAAUUACCUAUCGGAAGCUUACAAAGCCAAAACAAUCUCAUCUUGGUCUUCUCCCAGUGGCAUAAAGGCAAAGAAAACAGUUUGGAUUUCAAGAAACAAAUACUUUUCUCAAAUAAAAAGAUCUUACUCGUGAUUCUAGAGUUAAGCAAAUGGAAAUAAUGUUUGUAAUCUUAACUGAUUUACAACAGAAAAAAACUGAUUUAAUGUCAAACAGGGGGAAAAAGGAAUUUCUUUCAGAGUAUGUACAUAUCUGGCUUCAACUGUAUAUCUUGUCUCAUAUUGCAAAGAAUUCUCCCAACGCAGCUCAGUUUUUCACCUUGCAGAUCAUGCUUGGCGAUCAGCUACCAACAUGUGCCUUGGUGUGUGUGUGGGUGUGUGCGUGUGUGUGGGUGUGUGUGUGUGUGUGUGUACACGCCAACGUCGAAGACUCACGUGAUUGAAAAAUUGUAAACACUGACCUGUUCAUGUGAUCUAAUGGAAACCUAUAGAAUGGUGCGUCGUGUGAUCGGAUUUUUCAACAGAAAUUGAUCGUCAGUCAAUGAAAAUGAAGGAUUUGCUCAAAAGGGUUUUUAAAAGCGAAACUGAAAAUGAAUGAAACACUACAAAAAGGCCCAAGAGGUGAAGCUGGUUUACUCUUGGGGGCGUUUUGUUUGAUGUAGAAUUGACAAGGGACUUUUUAACUUGUAUCAGGGAUUCUUAGUCUUCCUUUUUGCACUAGCUCAGGAUAUAGAAAGGUACUAUUUCUCCGUCCCUGUUUUUCUUAUUCAAUCUAAUACAGUAAGUCUGUGCUGCUCUGCUCUAGAGCACAUAAACAGAAGCAACAAUACAGAAAAAUUUUAAUAUUUUCUUUUCUUUUCCAGUAUAUACAGAUUAUUAUUUUCCAGGGGCAGCAGUCAUAGGAAUUAGGGUUUUUUGUGACCUUCAACUUGUUUAUUUCUUUAUUUUUGCAGCUCUAGUCUACUUCAGAGACAGAAAGCAUCGUUGGAUGUAUUGUCCGUGUGCUUUGUGGCUCGGAUAAUAAUACUGUAAAUGUUUGAAUGUACUGAAUAUUUAGUCAUGCAUAGUUAGUCCUUUGCAAAAAGGCAAAUUGACAUUGAAUGAAUUUAAAAAAAAUAAAAUGAUUUUGAAAUCCUCUA